AAGAUUGAGGAGGAAUGAAGGAAAAAAGAUCUUGGACAGUUGUUGCCAGCGGGAGAAUGGUGCGGCAUUAAUAGUGCAUGGAUUACUGUGGGUGCGGAUAUCUGCUCACAGCUGGAAUUUGCUGCAUUCCUGCUACUUAAUAUGAGUUUAAUUUUGCACUGAAGCCUUAGAAUAACACAUGGACAAAGAUGGAGAAUCUGGGAAAUGUAGAAUCAGAUGACUUUCCUCCUCCUCCACCUGAAGUAUUUGAAAACGAGUUUCUGCUCAAUGCUGAUGGAGAUGAUGAAGAAGAAGAAGGAGAAAAAUUUGACUUUGAUAGCGGGGAUGAGGCCCCUGAAGCUGAUAGACAACUCCUGCAAGUGACGGGCAAUGAUCAUAAUGACCUGGGCUCAGCAUUUCCACACCCUCCGGACCAAGUUAAUUCCAUUAAUGCCAGUUCUUCGUUUAACAAUGAACUAUUGGCAGAGAAUGAUAUUGGAACAAAACUAAAGAAGGUUAACCCAUAUUCUGUAAUUGAUAUAACACCAUUUGAAGAAGUGGAUUCUGCUCCAUCUCAAGAGAAUGUUUCUACUGAAGAAAACACAAUCCCUCGCGUUCCCAGUGGCUAUUCUGUUCCUGUACCUUGCGGAUAUGCUGUUCCCUCAAAUUUGCCACUGCUAGUUCCAGCUUAUUCCACUCCAGUUAUAAUUCGCAACAUAUCUGUUGAUGAACACGGUGUUCAGGCUGUAGUACCAAAUCCACAGUUUCAUCUUGUCAAUUCUGAUGGCCACUGUUGUAGUGAAGAUUUUCAAUCUUCUAAAGAAGAGGAUGUGUUGGCCAAAUGGGUUGCAGAUCCUGCUAAUACAGAAUGGAUGGAACAUCCUGAUGAAGUAAUAUAUGAUGAUGUACCAAGGGAAAAUUCUGAUUCUGCUACAGAUCCUGAUGAAAUGAUCUAUGAUGAUGUAGAAAAUGGUGAUGAAGGUGGAAAUAGCUCUUUGGAUUAUGGUUGGAGUUCCAGUGAAUUUGAAAGCUACGAAGAGCAAAGUGAUCCCGAGACUAAACAUGGAGUCCCUAUCUCUUUCCUACGAGGGAGCAACACAAAGCACCUUUCUCAGGACCUAACACGUUUAAAGCAACACUACGAGAGAAAAAUGAAAGAUUUGGUGGCAAACAAAGUGGGAGGAGUAGAGAUCCAACAAUUAAAACAAAAACAUGAACUCAAGAUGCAGAGGCUGGUAAAAGCUGCAAAAGAGGGGACAAAGGAUGGACUGGAAAAAACAAAAGCUGCCGUGAAAAAGGGUCGAUCCUACAUAAGAACAAAAUCCUUUGUACUGCACGAUCGGAAAUCAGCCUGUCUGGAGGAUGAAGAACUGAAUUUGUUUAUAGAUGUGGACUGCAUGCACACAGAAGCAAUUAUGACUCCAAUGCCAGAAGGAUUAACACAGCAACAGGUGGUAAGACGGUACAUUCUUGGGUCGAUUGUGGAUAGCGAAAAAAACUAUAUGGAGUCAUUGAAGAGAAUUUUAGAGCAAUACGAGAAACCUUUGUGUGAAAUGGAAACAAAGUUACUGAGUGAAAGAAAGUUGAAAAUAGUCUUUUAUCGAAUUAAGGAAAUCCUCCAGUGUCACUCUUUGUUCCAGAUUGCUCUGGCUAGCCGUGUGUCAGAAUGGGACUCUGUAGAAAUGAUUGGAGAUGUAUUUGUAGCAUCAUUUUCAAAAUCCAUGGUACUUGAUGCAUAUAGUGAAUAUGUCAACAAUUUCAGCACAGCUGUUGGCGUUCUUCGGAAGACGUGUGCCACAAAACCAGCUUUUUUAGAAUAUCUAAAACACUGCCAGGAAUUUGGCCCAGACCGUAUCACACUGUAUGGACUAAUGAUGAAACCCAUUCAACGCUUUCCACAGUUUAUUCUUUUGCUUCAAGAUAUGUUGAAAAAUACAUCUAAAGGCCAUCCGGACCGGCUUCCUCUGCAGAUGGCUCUUACUGAGCUGGAAACUUUAGCAGAAAAACUGAAUGAGAGGAAAAGAGAUGCAGACCAACGAUGCGAUAUUAAGCAAAUUGCAAAGGCGAUGAAUGAAAGGUAUCUGAAUAAGCUCCUCAGCAGUGGAAGCAGAUACCUUAUUCGCUCGGAUGACAUGGUGGAGACUGUCUACAAUGAAAAGGGAGAGAUUGUAAAAACAAAGCAGCGACGGCUUUUCAUGUUAAAUGAUGUACUGAUGUGUGCCACAGCAAAUGCAAGGUCUUCUACUGAAGGUAGUAAUAUGUUAACAACGAGCCAAAAAUAUCUGCUUAAAUGGAGUGUACCAUUGGGUCAUGUAGAUGUAAUUGAAUAUGGAGAAAGUGAGGAACAUGGAGACCAGCCACGAUUUUCUCCUAUGCACUCAGCUGAAAAAGUUGUUAUAUGUGCCAAACCAAAUAAGUACUACAUGGGGCCUGGCCAGUUAUAUCACGACUUACAGAACCUGCUCCAUGAUUUGGAUGUGGUCAGCCAAAUUUCACAACUAGUCACACAGCUGAAAGGAAACUACCAGAAUUUGAACCCUGCAGUUGCGCAGGACUGGUCUUCCGGCUUACAAAGGUUGAUCUUAAAGAAAGAAAAUGAAAUCCGGGCUGCGGAUCGCUGCAGAAUUCAACUCCAGCUACCUGGCAAACAGGACAAGUCUGGUCGUCCCACUUUCUUUACGGCAGUGUUUAAUACAUUUACACCUGCUGCGAAGCAAUCUUGGAUCAAUAACUUACAGAUGGCUAAGCUGGCUCUAGGAGAAGAGAACCAGCAGGGUUGGUUCUGUGUUGAAGAUGAAGGAAAUCAGAUCAAAAAAGAGAAACAUCCUUUGCUUGUUAAACACAUACCAGUUAUAAUGUCAAAACAACAAGAAUUUAAGAUUGAAUGUGCCAUCUAUAAUCCUGAACCUUAUCUCUGUAGUGAAAAUGAUCCAGAUACGUUAUCCAUGCAUCAUGGUUUUUUGUGGAUUGGCAGCUGCACUAAUCAGAUGGGUCAGAUCUCCGUUGUUUCACUUCAUAACCGUAGCCCCAAGGUGUUAGAGUGUUUCAAUGUUGAAUCUCGCAUCCUUUGCAUGGUCUAUAUCCCCGAGGAAGAUAAACAGAAACAAUUAAAUGGUGUCCCAGAUUCAGAAUAUGUGUCUUCUCGAGCUCCAGACGUUCCAACAAUUUGCCUGGGCAUGGAAGAAGGAAGCAUAUGUGUCUAUAAAAGUAGCCAAGGCUCAAAGAAGGUUCGUCUGCAACAUUUUUUCACUCCAGAAAAGUCAACUGUUAUGAGUCUUGCAAGCAUCUCAAGCUGUUUGUACGCUGGCCUUGUGAAUGGAAAUCUUGUCAUCUACACCAAAGCUGAAGAUGGAAUCUGGAAUCUAGACACCCCGAAGUUGUUAAAAUUUGGAGUUUUACCAGUUCGAAGCCUUCUUGUAAUGGAAAGUACCAUUUGGGCUGCUUCUGGUGGACAAAUAUUUGUUAUUGGUACAGAGACUCAUGUUAUUGAGCACCAGUUUGAUGCUCACCAAGAAGAAGGCAUGGUGGUUUCCCACAUGGCAGUUGCAGGAGUGGGAAUUUGGAUUGCAUUUACUUCUGGAUCAAAUUUACGACUCUUCCACACAGAGACAUUUGAACACCUUCAAGAUAUUAACAUAGCUACUCCUAUACACAACAUGCUAUCAGGACAGCAGCGUGUUUCGGUGACUAGUUUGCUGGUUUGUCAUGGCAUGCUGAUGGUGGGGACAAAUCUUGGUGUUAUUGUAACUUUUCCAGUUCCCCGUUUGCAAGGAAUUCCAAAAGUAACUGGAAGAGCGAUGGUAUCAUAUCAUGCACAUCAUGGACCUGUGAAAUUUCUCGUCAUGGCAACGGCUGUGAGCAGAAAACAACCUAAGCGGACACCAAGCCGAUGUAGUCAAAUUUCAAACCAGGAACUAAAAAAUGAGGACUUGCACAUCACCAAUUUCCAGCAAAAUGAAGAAGCAAAUGUAUUGCCUACAAGUAACAAUGACAGUGCUGUUUGGCUUGGAGGUUCCAUGGUGUCCAUAGCACAAAAAAGUGACUUAUCAACUUCCUCUGGUUCUCUAACAUUGUCCUAUGGAUCAACUUCAUUUGACGCCGGGAAAGAAGAUUGCACUCUAUAUGAUCUUUUAAAUGAUCCAAGCAUGCCACCUCAAAAUGGCAAAAGACAAAGAGCCAGGAAGAUGAAAGCUGACUCUGUCCUGGUAAUUUCGGGUGGACAGGGUCACAGAAGAAUCAACAAAAAGAUCAAGUCACAGCGACAGGAAGAGCUGGUUUCUUCUGCUAUGAUUUGGCAGAUACCAUUGUUACAUAUUUAAAAAAAUACUGUUUUUGGGGGUGUUAUUGGUUACUGAAGCCUUAUCCAUGUUGACAAAAAAAAAUUCUGUGAUGUAAAUCUUGUAUGUUAUUACAUGAUAUCAAACCUAAUGUCUGCUUAAAACAUUUGCCUUAUUUUAGUACUAUAUUAAAAAUAUAUGGAUAUCUUGCAUUACCAUCCAACACAUUUUUUUUCUUUUUGUUUCUUCAAAACCCUCGAGAACAAUGUGCUGCCACUCAAAUGUAGUUCUUUUAUGAUACGUUUGGUUACAUUUUGUUGUUUCCCACAAUGUUCUGUCUCAACUAUUUAACAUUAACUAGAUGUUUUUUUUUGCUUGGAUUGUUGUAAUAUGCUUUGGUACGGUUUGCUCAGCUUUCCAGGUACAAUGAAGCGAGGACCAAGUAUGAAUUCAAUUGUAAUCUAAUGUUAAGAGACAUUUUGGAAUAUAAUAAGCCAUGCGUGACUGUAUGAUAUUGCUACAUAACCAAACAGAACUUGACAUACCCGAUUUUCAGUGGUUUGUUCAUAUGAAGAGAUUGCUGCCAUUUCCUGACGCUCAAAUCAAGAACAUUUUAUUCCCCUACACUGUCAUGUUCUUAUGGACUCAUUUGAUUUAUUUUACAGUAUAUGUAAUAAAUCAUUAAUUUAACUCUAACUUUCCUCUUCAGUCUCUGAGGACAAUGAAUGUUAUGUUCCCAAAAGUGGUAUGUAUAAUGGUUUCGAGUAAGUAUUGCCUAAUCAGAAAUUUUGAUAUCACAUUAUUAAAAAGUAUAGGUGAAAAAAUA